AAAAUAAUUUAAACCUCCCCAAAACCUAAGUGUGAAAUUCGUUAAGAACCCUACAUUUCUUUUCCCCCUUCUGUCGCCAUAAAAUCUUUGCAGCACAGGACAGCACAGCACGGCUCGCUCUGUGACUCCGCCUGUGUCUCCGUCGGUAUCUCUCCAUUAUCCUCGCAGAUUUCAUGGCUGAACUUAAUCAGAACUAUGAACUUGAACAAGCUCAAGAACAUGAAUAUCAACCUGAACAAGAAGCUCAUGAACAUGAAUAUCAGCCUGAACAUGAACAAGCUCAUGAACUUGAAUACCAACCUGAAAAUGAACAUGACGAUGAGCAUGAGCAAGAACUUGUGCAAGAACAGAAACAUGAAAAUGAAAACGAAAAUGAAAAUGAACAUGAACAUGUAAAUGAACAUGAGGAACACAGUGAACCAAAAGAUGGAAUACUGGAGAACUCACACCCUGAUGAAAAACAGGACCAUGCAGAUGAGCCAGUUUCCGGAGGAGGUGAGAAAUGGCCAGGGUGGCCUGGAGAGAGUGUUUUCAGGAUGUUGGUGCCUGCAACAAAAGUUGGUAGCAUAAUUGGGCGUAAAGGAGAGUAUAUCAAGAAAACAUGUGAAGAGACAAGAGCACGGAUUAAGAUUCUUGAUGGACCUCCUGGAACAAGAGAAAGGGCUGUUAUGGUGUCUGCCAAGGAAGAUCCUGAUGCUUCUCUUCCUCCUGCUGUUGACGGUCUUCUAAGAGUUCACAGACGUGUUGUGGAUGGACUCGAGAAUGACUCAUCUCAUCCUCCGCCUGCAGGGGGAAAAGUCUCCACAAGAUUGCUUGUCCCAGCUGCUCAAGCAGGAAGUUUGAUUGGGAAGCAAGGGGCAACUGUCAAAUCCAUUCAAGAAGAGUCUAAUUGCAUUGUCAGAGUUCUUGGAUCAGAGGAGCUACCAGUUUUUGCCCUUCAUGAUGAUAGAGUUGUAGAGGUAGUUGGGGAACCUACAGGCAUACUUAAAGCUAUUGAAUUGAUUGCUUCCCAUCUGAGAAAAUUUUUGGUCGAUCGAAGCAUAAUAUCAGUAAUUGAAAUGCAAAUGCAAAUGCCAAAUCAGCAGAUGGAACACAUGCCUCCAUCCCAGCACUGGGGCCCUCCACCUCCUCAGCCUUACCCGCAAAGUGCACAUGGAGGUCCCGGAUAUGGAGCUAGCCCUCACUUCAUGCCUCCUCCUAGGCAGUUCGACAAUUAUUAUCCUCCUGCUGACAUGCCACAUCCGCCCGAAAAACCACCUCAUCAAGGGAUAUCUGCCUAUGGGAGAGAAGCAGCAAUGCCGGUGCAUUCAUCGACCAGCCAAGCAGCAACUUCAGUGAUCACUCAGGUCACCCAGCAAAUGCAAAUUCCACUCUCGUAUGCUGAUGCUGUGAUUGGCACACAAGGUGCUAGUAUUAGUUAUAUUCGACGAGUCAGUGGCGCCACUGUUACCAUUCAAGAAACAAGGGGGGUUCCUGGAGAGAUGACUGUCGAGAUCAGUGGAACUGCUUCUCAAGUCCAAACUGCCCAACAACUGAUUCAGAAUUUCAUGGCUGAAGCAGCAGGCACAGCUCAGGCACCCCACGCCCCACCAGCAGAUCCGGCAUACAAUUCCUAUGGAGGUCAUGGUUCGGUAUACACAUCUACCCCUUCAAAUCCUAACCAGGCAGGCGGUUAUGGCUCUGUUUAUGGCACCAACUAUGGUUACUAAAUCAGGUGCUCUUUUUUUUUGUUUAAUUUUGUUAAGACUUGCUUGUUGUCUUGAGAAUACCCCGCUAAUAACGUACUUGCUAUGUUUCUAUUUUUGGGAAAUUUGAAAGACAAAUUGGAGAAGGAUAGGUAUGUUAUAGGCAGAGCAGGUAGAUGUGAUGUGAAAACAGCAAGUCAAGUCAAGAAGCAUAUGUUGUUACUGUUUCUUGUUCUUGUUCUUGUUCUUUUAUUUCUUUCUUUGUUCUCUUCCCCAUUUUAGAGAUAUCUACACACACUUUGGAUUUAAAUUUGGAUUCAUCAGUGUUUCCUGUAUUACUUACUGUAUUUUGCUGCUUUUGUUAAAGUAAAUGACCAUGGCCAUGA